GAAGGAUUUAAUUGUGAUUUAUGUGGUCAAUAUGUUGGAAAUAAUUUCGAAUUUGAGCAUCAUUUGGAAAGUCUUCAUAAACAUGUCUGUACGGAAUGUAGUAGAGUGUUUCCGAGUGCAUUUCUCUUAUCGGUGCAUUUAGAGGAAAAUCAUGAUUCAUUCUUUAGUGUUAUGGCACUCAAAAAGGAUUGUUAUCAAUGUUUGGUUGAGGAUAAAUCUAUUUGUAAUGCAAAAUUUAGAACAAGUGAACAGAGAGACGAACAUAUGAGGAAGGAUCAC